CGUCGUCACUCAGUCCGUCUUUUGUCCUGCUUGCUAUCGAGUCGUUCUUUCUCUUCUUAGAUCCCGCAUUGCUGCUGCUGCUGCUGCUCUUAGUCUCUCUCUCUCUCUCUCUCUCUCAUCACUUUUGUUAUUUUCUUCGCCUCAUCCAAAACAGACGCGAACCCGGCAUCGAAUACUUCAUUAGAUGAAGAAUCAGUCAUAAGACUUCUACAUGAGCCAAUGUGAGGUGUCAGCAGUUGCUCGACUUGCCAGAAAUAGCAAUCAAAAGUGCUUCAAAUCUCACUCAAUUUGUUUAAAUAAAGAGACACACAUAGAAGAGUAUAUCCCAGAAUAUAAUACAGCGUCUGAAUAAAAUGUGAUGCUUUUGGCCGGAAUGCAUUUGGUAAUAAGCCUUCUGGAUCUGGGCUAAUCUGGGGUUAAAUACAACAGCCUCCAUCCACAAUAUCUACUUACCCCCAACUUCUCUACCUGAUAUAUAUGGUUAAGCCAUGGAAUUCUCUAGGUUACUAAUAUUUGUGCUUGUCAAGCUGUAUCGGUGGACAUUGCUUCCUAUUUUUAACAUAAUUUUUAAUGUGCUGAAUUCUGCGCCUCCUGUUUCUGUGCCACCAGUUACUAAUCCAUUGCUCCUCAAAAGUGCCACUGAAUUAAGUAAGAUGAUUCGUAACAAAGAAAUAAAGUGCACUGAAGUUUUAGAAGCUUUUAUUGAAAGAUCAAAAUUAGUGAAUCCUACAAUAAAUUCAAUUUGCUCUAAUUGCUAUGAAGUGGCCCGUCAACAAGCACUUGAAGUAAACGAAAUAUUAGAACAAGAUGACAUUCCAGAUGAAUAUUCAGAAAAAAAUGCACCCUUUCUUGGAGUACCUCUUUCUGUUAAGGAAGCUUUUGCUUUGACAGGUAUGCCAAACACUUCUGGUUUAGUAGUACGUAAGAAUACUAUUGCUACAAAAGAUGCAGAAGUGAUUGCUAAUUUACGCAAGUCUGGUGUCAUUCCAUACGUAGUGACCAACAUAAGUGAGCUCUGCAUGUGGUAUGAAUCAGCUAACAAUAUAUAUGGAAGAUCCUGUAAUCCUUACGAUAAUAGGCGCAUCGCUGGAGGCAGCUCAGGUGGUGAGGGUUGUCUGAUUGGCUCUGGGGCUUCAAUUAUUGGAGUCGGCUCGGAUAUCGGCGGCAGUAUUCGUAUACCAUCGUUUUUUAAUGGAAUUUUUGGUCAUAAGCCAUCUACAGGAAUCGUCUCAAAUGACGGCCAAUUUCCUAAUGCAAGUGGCCAGCAGAAAGAACUUUUGUGUGUAGGACCCAUGUGUCGAUAUGCAGAGGAUCUCAAACCAAUGUUACGCAUCAUGGCUGGAGAAAAUGCCAAGAAACUCAAACUUGAUGAACCUGUUGACUUGGAAAAAUUGAAAAUCUAUUAUAUGGAUAAUGAUGAAGGAGGUUUAUUUUCAAGCUCUGUCCAACCUGAAAUGAAAAAAGCAGUUCACAAAGUUGCAAAUUACUUCAAAACGAAGUAUGGAACUGAUGUUGAACCAGUCCGUAUGUCACAGAUGAAAUACAGCUUUGAGAUCUGGUGUGCUAAACUUUCUGCUAAAUCUGAAGAUCAUGAUCCUCAAAGUACAUUCUGUUACUUUAUGACCGAUGGUCAAUAUUCCAUAAAUCCGGUUACUGAAUUCCUUAAAUGGGUGGUAUAUCAAUCUGACCAUACGAUACCUGCAAUUGCCCUAUCUUUGUCUGAGUACUUACUGGACAAAAUGGAUACUACUGCUACAGAUGAAAUGUUUCUGUCUUUUGGGGACACUUUAAAGAAGAAAAUGGUCAAUAUUCUUGAAGAAAACUGUGUAUUUUUAUUUCCUCCUCAUCCACGUGUAGCGCCUUACCACAACCAGCCAUUGACAACGCCAUUUGAUUUCUCUUAUACGGCUAUUUUCAACUAUUUGGGAUUCCCAGUUACACAGUGUCCUGUAGGAUUGAGUUCAGAAGGCUUACCUCUUGGUGUACAAGUUGUUGGAUCAGACCUAGCUGACCAUGUCACAAUUGCUGUUGCUCAGGAAAUUCAAGCUGCAUUUGGUGGUUGGGUAAACCCAAGUGCAUAAAUUCAGUUAAUUUCUUUUUUUUUAUUAUUUUAGUUACUAUAUUUUCUGUUA